AUGAGAAUAUCGUGCUUUGGUGCACUCGAAGGUUGUAUUGCCGCAGCCACCAGGAUGCUGCCAGAGGAAUGGUGGAAUGGGGGAAUAAACCUAUCAGCAUUCGAUGUUGGCGCCAACAUGGCAUUUGGCCGGGCUCUCCUUCGACUAAUAAUAGAUCAACUGUUCAACUCGACAACGCCGACCUAUGUCCAUGAUGCUAGAAGUUCUCCCAGGAAAUACGUUGAAACGUAUCACAGAAGAACACCGACAUAUGGACGAAUUUGUGGAUUGGAUGAAGCGACGGUGAAUUUGUUCGUGAACGUGACUCUGGAUUUCGAAAACGACAGUCUCGAGGAAUUGAAGACGCUCAGGAUGUCGGCCAACCCUCAAUGGUCCCAACCAGGCGUUGAUGAACGUCAGACGGCAUGCGAAACCAUGAAUGCAUACCUGGAAGAGCUGAGUGAUAUCAAAUCUCCCGACCAUAACGAAGAGGGGCAGACAGGCGAAUCUAUGAUUGGUCAGUACAACGACUUGAUUGCGGCAUGCAAGAAGCACGAUGAAUGUCGAGAGGAGUCGAGCUCGACAAGAGCUGUGAAAGACAUGCAGGAAUGGCAUGAACGAGGUCCCAAUAGAAACAACAGUAAAUUCUUCAGGAAUCUGAAUGAUGUCGAGUUGCGUCAGUUUAACGAAAUUAUCGAGAAAGCAUCGUCCGACAGCAGGAAUUGGCUCGUGCCGUCAAUACAUGGCACCAGUCCCAAUUUCCGGUAUUCACAACUCGAUCUCUUGGAUCGUCACCAGUCACGCACUGAAGAGAUCAAAACACUGAUGGCUCGUCUG